AUGGAUGAGGCUGUUUGGAGGAAGAGACAGGGAGCAAAUGACAAACAGGAAGCAGAGAAAGAGGGAGAAGAACCACUAGAAGGGGAAGACAUUUUGACAGAAAGACUCAGAGGAGGUGUGAGACUGAGUGUAAAUGGACUGUAUUUGAACUUUUUUUUUUUAUCAUGCAGUGCUUUCUUUAGUUUGCUGAGCAGUCAAAGCAGCUUUACAGUCAUUACCAGAUAAAAGCUGCAAUCAAGUCAACAUAGCAGAAGACUUAUGUGUAAGUGAAACUCCUGAAAAGUACAUUUCUUUGUAUUUAAAAUGGGAUUUAGUUGAGAUAAAUCACAUAAAAAAGGUUAUUUGACAUCCUCUAAUUAAACAUCCUGGUAAUUAAAAAAAAGGCCCCUUGAACAGUGCAUAAAAGGAAAUUACACAGUAUCAUGCUUUGUACAGGGAGGUCAUACAGUGCAUGGCUAAAACUUAUGCAAACCCAUCUGUGCACAAUUGUCAAGCUAUUCUGAGGAUGUUUACAGAAAGAGAAACCUCACCUUCCUAGAGCCAUUGCAGUGUUUGGUUAGAUUCAGUUGAUAAUGCAGUAUAACUUAUUUACAUCCACAGUGUACAUGAAAGUGCACGGUUUCCAGCAGCACUAGAGAGACCCCAAACAGGAGGCGGGUUUAUUCAGGGAGGCUUCGAGAUGGAGGGCAGCCUGACAUUUCCUGACCACAUGCCAAGAAAAAGACACAUUCUUCUGCCAGGCAUCCCAUAUUUCCUGUCUACAUUCACACUGAAACCGAAGGACAUAUUUCACACUCUCACCCUGCACUGGGUUUAAUCCCAUACUAAAGAUUUACCUAGCUCCUUUUCAGAAGUUAUUCUUAAACUCCUAGAGGAUGAAAACCACCCAGUUAUCCUCAUGAACAAAUAAAUAUUGUAAAGCAGUACCGUAGUAUGUGUAGAUGCCUCAUGGCAAACGGGUUUUCAGUCAAAAUCUGAGAAAGGGGGGCUGUCUUUGUAUGGCAAAAAAGUUCUUGGCUUCCUGCAACCGUGUUUUUAUACCACCAUGUAAAAGAAAAUAGAUCAAAUUACACAAGCAAGCCCUGCAAAAUGGCACCAAAGAGUGCGGAAGGACAUGCUUUCCUUGCAUGUAGUUUGAGCUGUUCUUUUGAACUUCCACAUUGAAAUGAUGAAAUAAAAAGACCUGCAGAGAAAACUCAGUAAGGCUCACCUGUGGUGAUUGGCCAAGUAAAAGAAGUAAGUCUCUGAUUGGCCUAUAAGAAGAAACUCUUUGACUGGCAAGAUACAAGGAGCCUUCUAGUUGGCUGAUGAAGCAAGUCUCUGAUCAAUAAAAGCAAGUCUCUGAUUGGACACAAGUCAUUGAUGGGCCAGAUAAAAGGAGCCCUCUAACAUGCCAGUUAAGAGCAGGCCUCUGAUUGGCCUGAUAAAAGAAAUCUCUCUUCCUCUCUCUGGGCUCGAUGUAUUUUUACCUGUUUUAUUUCCUACCUGUUUUUUUUCCACAUUUUUUUCUUCUGCCUUCAAUCUCCAUACUUUUUUUCUCUUGCUUGCCCUCCCUCAACCUUCAUUUGUCCCUGCCUUAAGAUCGCUCUCACCCUGCACUGGAAUCAAACCUUUUUGCUGACAGUCAGCAGUCAUAUGUGGCAUUCACACCAAACGCGUAAAAACUCAUCUACUCGCUUAGUCAUGCGUAUCUGGAUGCCUGAAUGUUGUGUAUUUACUUGCUUAAUUUGUGUGAAUGACUUGUUGUAUUUGCAUGUCUGUAUCGCAUCUGCAGAGUGCCCAAACACACCUGUGAUUGUCAGAGAGCAGAGACUGAGAUGAAGGGUUCCUGCAUGUCAGGACAGUCUAUUUAAGGUGGAUCACACUGUGAGGAUCUGUUGUGUUUUAACAGAUGUUUUAACCAGAUAAUCAGACCUCCUCACUUUUCUCCAACUGAGCUCUUUUGUAUCUCUGUCUCUGUGUCACAGACAAGUAGUCGGCUUACCCUACAGCUGAUAUGGUCGCAUACUGUCAUGAUCGAUUAAGUCUCCAUUUUCCACAUAAACAAAUUGCUUUCAUACUUCACCAGGGUAUCUCCAGGUUAUCCCAGAGCGAAUAUUUGCUUGAGUUCAGAAUUUUUCAACUCUUAGUGAAAUAAGUGUUAAAAGCAUGUAGCAUCUCUGGUGGGACGCGAUGUGAAUUAAUGCACAUGAUCCACUCAAUUCACACAAAUAGUCCCCUCAAUUCACACUAUUAUAGUCGGAGCAGAACACACAUCCAUGCAUUGAUUUGACAUGUAAUUCACUCGUGUAAAUGAUUUUAUCAGCAUUUGGAGUGGACACAACACCUUCCCACCACCUGAUAGUGCUUCCUUUUUAUAGACUUUUCAAACAGCAUUUGAGGGAGGGCUUUCUUUCUUGCCUUACAGGGGCAGCCCAGGAUUUGAACCCACAAUCUUUCUUUUAAGGGUAGGGAACUUAACCACUACAGCACAGGUAAGCCUGGUUGUUUUUGUGUGUUGAAAGCCUUUUGAUUUCACCUUUGUUUUAACAUAGCGUACAAUGUAAUGUGAAAACAGCAAUUUUCUCCAUGGAGCUCUAUUGUCCUUGAUUUGAACCAAGAAACCCUUUAUAGAGAGGCAAAAGCCUUAGCCACUACACUACUGGUAUUCCUUGUUUUUGUAGGUCAUUAUUAUCUUUACUUUUUUACUAUGGACCUUCAAACAAACAGGAUGUCAGGUCAGGUUUUUUUCUUCAGUAUAUUGCACUGCUUUGUAUUGUUUGAACACUUCACCUUUUUCAGUCAGUAUAGGUUUGUGAAAGCUGUUGGGAGUACUCACUUUAAUUGGCCAAUCAGAAUGCUUCUUUUAUUCCAUUAAGCCUGUACAGAAAGUAAGCAGUUGACAACUUUAAGCAUAUCAAAUAAGAUAUGUAAAGUAAAAUUCUGAAAUGUUGUUUCUUAAGUCAUUGUUAAUAUGCAGUUUUAUUUUGUUUUGGCUGUUUCUCAUUGACCCUGCUUAAUUUUGAUGCAUACAAUAAAUAUUAUCAUCUCAAAACUAAAAACUAAAAAACCUUAUCUACAUAGGCAUGGGGCCUCUCUUUUUUCUAAAGUUAGACUCAAUCAACAGUUUUACCAGUGAAUUUUUGCUCAUCACUGCAGUAAAAUCACUGGGAAAUGACUCACUGUGAUGAUGAGUCAAACCUUUUUUCUUGGGCCUCACACGUCUGUGACACACCAUCAUGAAAAAAAACAUUCCACAGUCUAGUAAGAGCUGAAAAAAAUACUGAUCCACCGAUGAGAUUCCUUUUUUUUUUUCAGAGGUAAUGGUAUUUGUAGAUUAAUGCUGGGCGGACUGGGGACGUUUGAGUGAACAAUUAUUGGGUAAAAGCGCCCUCUAGUGCGUAAGGACUCUACCCACUGACACGUUCUGUAUAUCGUUUUCUGUCAGUCUCACUUUGGCGAGGAAAAGAGGGUUCGUGAGGAAAUCCGCUGGUAUGUGAUGAUGAGCGGGGCUUCUUCCUUUCUCUCACGUUGUUUUUCUCUCUUGGACUGGUUGGUUUAUGUUGCAUGAGGGGGAGGAGGAGCUGAGUGCGGAAAGGUGUGCGCAAAGGCGGGUCCGUGUGCUCCUCUCGUGUCAGGUGGCGUCCACUCAUGCUCACCUCAUUUCUCGGUUUCACUACUGAGUCGUCUCUUGACUUGAGAGGAUGCGGAGGAAUUGACAACGUUGCAUGUGUUUUACUUGAGAACAGAAACCAGCUCAGUGAAGACAUGAGUGGUGAGUCGAUAAACUAUUAUACCAGCACAAGUGAUGUAACCAUUUAUUUGUGUUUUAAUCAUUGCCUGAGGAAUCUUUGACCUACUUUCAACUGUUUCUCCAGUCAGUCAAGGCAAGGCAGAGCUUCAACUUUUAACAGGUGAAGCAAAAUACGGAUUCAGUGGUGAGGUUUUGAGGCCAUGAUUUGGGUUUAUGAGUGUGAAUUACAUGUUUAAACUCCAGAGGAUUAAAACUAUCAAACCUAUAACAAUUCAUGGCCCACGGUGAAGCAUGCACUUACAUGGUGCAUCCUUGUUUUAUUUGCAGCCAUAAAUCAUCAAGAAACUGUGCAAACAAACAAACAAAAAGAGAUCUGUCUUUAAGGCUAUGACAAUUUAUGAUUAAAUUUAAAGUGAAUUUUAUCACACCAUUUCUUUAUGAUUGAAAAAUCUUCUCUAAAAAUUAAAAACUUGUCAGAUUCACAAAUGGCACUCUAAUCUGAGACUCUUUUUUUUUUGUUUUGUUUUGUUUUUUAAUCCAAGACUUAAAUCAAGUUCUGAGCAAUGAGUUGAAAGACUUAAAAAUAUUAUCAAUGAAAGAAUAGAUGCUUAAUUGACAAUUUAUUCAAGUAGCAGCAGCUACUUAUCCUUAAAUGUAAUCCUCCAAGAAAAAGUAAAAAGUACUACUUUAUUUGAAAUGGACUAACCCCACCAUAGGGGUUGAAAGAGUAAGGUAUGCCUCCUAAUCGUGUUUAAGCAUAUUUUCCCAAACUAACCAUGGUAAUAUAACCCACAGCACCAAUAUGAAAGGUGAUUUUGACGUGGUAUCUAUCCAGAGGGAAUUAAUGAAAAUGUUCACAGCAACUUUUAAAAGCAUUGCUUUUGUAGAUGGUCCUUGUUUGCUAUGCAGUGAGACUUGAUUUAAUGAGCCUAGAAUAAGGGUUUCAUUGAUUAUAAUGGCUGCAAAUGUUAAAGGUUUAAUUGUCUAAUAAGUUUCUUGAAACAAGUUAUAAUACUUAAAGCUCCAGCGAGGAACUUUUGAUUUGUUCAAUUUUGGCAACCCCUGUGGACAAAGCAGUCUUUGCUGAUGUUGUCUUCUGAAUGCUUGAGCAGAAACUUUUGACAAUAAACCUCAUUCAGAUGAGUUGAGUCUUGACUGUCAAAUAUAUCGUGUUUUAAAUAUGUUUAGAGGCAAUUUUUAAAAAAACAGGAUGUUACCUCCUUGUGAGGUUGCUUGGUUGACAACUUCCCCUUAGUACCAGUUUCAGAAAUUAAAACACAGGGCAUAAAAUUUGUCAGUCCUGUAACUGAUGGUUUUAUUUGCUUCAGGAUAUCAUAAAAAAGGCAUCAUUGUGGAUUUCAGGUAAUGCAACGAUUCACAGAAAUGUAGUGGAAUAAAAAGGACACUAAUUAUUAAGUUUAGAUACUCAAAACAUUUAUUCAAUAUGGUACUAUGUUACUUUCUGCUACUGCCAAUUUCUUACAGCUGCACAACCAACUUUAUCCCUAAAUUUUAGCACAUAAGUUACCUAAAGAAUUAAUGAACGACACAAAAGAGGAGUAAAAAUGUCUCUGCCUUUGUUCAAGAUGUCUUACUGUCAGUGAAUUGAAACCCAAUAUAUUUGUGUUCAUUGUUUUUCAACAACUGACCAAAGUUUUUAAGUUUUAACUGAAGACUGUCUUUCUGAAUCCCCUCCUCCAUCAUUUGUAGUACCUCAGGGUUCUACCCUGGGCCCUUACUAGUUUGUCCACUUUUACUUGCGAUAUCAGUCGUUAAGGGACAUAACACAACUGUACUUCUCAUUAAAGGGCCUUCAAUAAAAGGUGAUACAGAAAAAAAAUGCGUGGGUGUUUUUACAGGAAAGAGGGGAGUUAAGUCAUAGUAGCAUGAGAGUGGUGUCUCAGACUAUUUAUGGUUAAUGGUAGAGAUUCCAGACCUGCCUCAGCCUGCCUGCCAGCUCAAAUGGGUUCUUAUCAGCUGAGGAGAGCAGCAGGCACCUCGUUCUUUUAUCAUUUAAUGGGUCAUGAUAAGAAAAAGAAAGUUUUUAGAAACAUGUUUCUCACGUUUAUUUGAAAGUAUUUUUUCUGUAAGAAGACCUCUGUGACUAAAGCAGACUCACACACUUGUCAGAUGAAUACCGAUGACUUAUGAGACAGGAUUAACACAGCUUUAGUGGGCUUGUGUAGUAUAGUGAUUGCUUGUUCAGUGAGUUCCCUGGAUUUGUAUGACUGGUGAAAAUUUACCUUCCUUUUUGUUAAGUCAGCAGUUACAUAAUAAUCAUUCUGCUGUAUUACUGUGGAAACAGAUUAGUGUAAAAGUCAUGUAAAAGGGUAGUUUUAUGCACUUUCUCACACUGUCUCCCUGACACUGUGAGCUGAAUGGGGACUAUAGAGCUUUAGUGUGCAGACCCCUGUUGUGUUUUCAGGUGUGCAGGAUGAGUCACAGCAGUAUUUUCAUUCCUGUGGUCUGAGACACUGACCCAAAAAGUCUGCACUCCCUCGUAUACUUUAUGGCCCUGAUAACAACAGGCUGUAAAAAGAGUGUAAAGUUACUGCAGCAGCAUAUCAACUCAAACUAUGAAUGAUUAAUUCUUGUCAAUUCAUGUAAUCAUGAGCUGUCAACACCUUAUCAAAAAAGUCUCGAUGACAAAUAAAAGCCUGACAGAAAAGUUAAAUGCUUUUCUGUCAGACUUUUAUUUUGAAAUGAAGUAAAUCCCUAGCAGCUUACAAGAUAUCAGGCUGGGAGCUUCAUCUCAUGCCUUUAUCUUCCAGUAAAAAAAAAAAAAGAUCAGUACAGCAAAUGCAGCCUUACAUGUCUCCUCUAAAUUGCUUUCAAGGAGGACUCUUUCCAAAGAAAAAUAUGAUCUGACAGAAUGUCAAAUUUUCCACACCUUUGUCAUAUAUGUCUGUUUUGGAAUGGCGUUCUUAAAUUAGCUUUGUUAAUAUACCUAAAUGACUCACUUUUAAUGGCUGAGAGUUACAAAGAUAUGAAUGAGUGCAGUCAGACAAAAACAAAUUCUCUGAAUUUUCCACAGGUCCUCUUUUAUUGGGACUGGACUUUGGAUUUGUCAGUAACUCUGUCUCUCAGGCCUGACAUUUGUUAGUGAACAAGACAUUUAUGAAGUCGCUCAAAAGUGACAACCCACACAAUUUGUCUUCUUGUCAUGAGACAGUCCUUUAAAACAGGCAGCUAAUGUGCAAUGUUUUUUUCCCUGCAGGCGUCACAGUUUGGGCAGAGGAGGAGGAUUUGGCUCAGGAGGAGGUGCGAUCUUCUGCCCUCUGGUCAGAGGAGCGCUGUGAGGAGCUUUGGGAGCGUGUGGAGGGGGUACGGCACAAGUUAACUCGGAUCCUCAACCCCGCUAAACUCACGCCGUACCUGCGUCAGUGCAAGGUCAUCGAUGAACAGGAUGAAGACGAGGUGCUGAACUCGACACAGUACCCACUGCGUAUCAGCAAAGCUGGUGAGAGAUCAUUCCACAUGAAAACUCCAGAAUUUACACAGUAACACCAGACAGUCACCAAAACUUGGAUCACAUUUGUAAAGCUCUGGGUGUGUUAACCAUGAGCUCAAGCACAGAUAUACUCUUCCAGGCAAUCAAAGGCAGAAUUUCACUUUCUCCAGGUAGAGUUUUUGUCAUUGAGUUUGACUUCAUAGAUAUGGAGAAAGACAGGAUAGAGGACAAUAAAGUGUCCUUCAGUGUGAAAAUAGUCAAAUGGGGUUUUUCCUACAUCUAAAGUAAGACUGUCACAUUAUACCAGUAUUAACGAGAACAGUCUUGAAAACAUCAAAAUAUAAUAUUGUGCUAAAUUGAAGCACACAGUUAUACCCUGAUUUUGAAGGUGGUCCAUUAUGCACAUCUUUAAGCAGAGGAUAGACAGAAACCAGAAAUAGACUGCUAAAGAGCUAAAUGUAGCACACCUCUGAGGGCAAACCAGACUGAAGAAAGGUAAAACAGGUUUAUUUUGGAGGUAAUGUGGGUGAGGAGUGGGUCCAGAGUCCAAGAGAGUGUGCUGGGUUAUGGGCUGGUGAGAGGCACGGAGGGAGGCACUGGAAAAAGACGAGAGAAAAACGAGGGUUAAACACAAGGAUCUGAAAAACACCAAAAAUCUUCAAAAGUCUCAAUAGAAUCACUAGAGUUCUUGAGAGGGUCAUUGUACCACAGUGUGAAGGGGAUAAUAGUCUGGCACUGAGGCUUGAGACUGCAGUGGUCUUAAAGCUGGCUUGAUUGCAGAAUGGAUACAGGUGAGUCUACUCAGCCUCAGCGCCUCAGGUGGGGGAAGAGAGCAGCCUCUGUAAAAAGUGAAGUGAGAGGCAUAAAACCCACACAGGAAACAGGAUCCCAAACCAAAUUGAAAUGUGCGAAGUCCAUGCUCACCACAUUUACAGUAAAUCCAAAAACAACAAUAGAGCUUGUGCCUCACUGAGUUGCUAAUCUAUUGAAGGUUUAUACUUUCUGUUAUUUUAACUAUUUUCAUUCAGUUCUAUAAUUUACUAUCAACCAGAAAUAGUAUACUGCAAAAUAUAAGAUUAGUUUGAUGAUGCAGGAAAUAAAAGAGACAUGCAAUAGCCCAACUGACUCAUGUUGGGUGCUUUUUGAAUAUAUUUAAAUACACCAUUGUGCAUUCAUGUAGGGCAAAGAAAGCCCCCUUUUUAUACAAAUGAAGUGUCUAAUUCACAAACGCUGAUGCCAACAGCCACACAGAAUUCAAGUGAAUUUUUUUUACAAUUGCUGCGAGUUGGUGGGAGCUGCACUGCAGUAAUCUCAAAGGGUGUUUUGUUAUGAUCAUGAUCUGAAUGGCCUAAAAAUAACAUAUCUGUUUAUUUAACCACUUAAUAUUUCCAUUAUGUUACUAUUAUUGUUUUCAUCACAACUUUAAUCAGUCUGGGUUGGCCUAGGACCCAACCUAAGCAAAUACAAACAUUGGAGACAGUCUGGAGCCAUUAAACAAAACAUGUUUCUUUUUUUAUGAAUGAGAUGCUAUUGCGGUCUUGCUUCUGGUCAAAUGUGAAUUACAUCUACCAUGAAUCACUUUCAAAAUGAACUGGGAAGAACUGUCUUCUCUCCUCUCAGCGAGUCAUCUGUAUGCAGACAGAUUUGAAGUGCAUUAGGAGGACAGCCCACAGUACAGCUCAGCACAGUGGAGGGUAGAGAUGCUGACAGCUUACACCUACAUUCAGAUGCACAACACAAGCAAAACAUUUAGAGCUUUAGAACUCUGUGAACAUGUUUGCAUUUGAAUAUCGUAAGAGACAGAGCAGUUUGCAGCAGAAAACUUUUCUAUAAUUUUUAGAGAAAAUGAGUAGCACUAUGAGAGGCCAAGUUCAGCAAAUGAAAUACGGUUCUUUAGUGAGACUCCCAAAACAAGAAACCUUUUGUGAGACUGACCAUGCAGCAACUUGUCAGAGAGAAACAGUUGAGCGAAGACAAAUUCUUCUUCAGAGUGAGAAACUGUGAAGAACUAAGGAGAGAGUAUGAUGAAAGACAGCGAUAAGUACAGGGCAGGCAGACAGGGUAGAAAAAGGAGUGAAAGAAGAUAAAAGUGGAUGAGGACAAGCACCUGAGUGUCCAGAUUAUUAGUGUUUCUUACUGUAAGUGAGUCAUAUGAGAGCCUGUCAUUCAUCUGUCAUGUUUGAAAUACAUUCAUAACUACAAGAAUAACUGAGAACAUUUACAGGAGUGUAGUGCCACAAAUGUGGAUUUUAGCUCGCAUGAUUUUAAUUCGCUUGAUUAACUCUCAAAUGUCCCGGUUUCUGCAACUCUUUUCCUCCCUGUCUUUGAACAGGUCGUUUGCUGGACAUCCUGCGUGGUCAGGGUCAGCGAGGUCUUCAGGCCUUCAUGGAAUCACUGGAGUUUUACCACCCGCAGCAAUACACACAGCUGACAGGAGAACAGCCCACACAGAGAUGUUCCCUCAUACUGGGUGAGAUGCAUGUAGAGGAUGGCAGAAGUUUGGACUCACUUACACAUACUAUCCAUGUGAAAACAGAAAAAAGGUAGCACAUCUGGAGAUUUAAGUCCAGGAAGACAGAAUGACACAAUUUCACUUGUAAAUCUGACUUGAGAACAGUAUUUGAGAGCAAAAACAGAUUUUCAGUCAGUGACAGUAAAACAGUAUUAUAUCAUAUUGUAUUGUACUGAAUCGAAAUCAAAUCAAAUAAUCUAGUUUAUAAUUAAAUUAUAAUUAUAUAUAGAGGUUAUUUUACAGCAUUUUGUAAACAAAAAAGCUGUUCUGUUUGGUUCUUCAUUGCUCAGAAGGCAUUUCUAUGUGAAUGUUAGGUGAUCGUCAAAAAGACCUGUGAUACCAGGGAUGGAAAAGCAGUUAACAACUAACUUUAUAAAGCCAAACUCAUUUCUGCUGCCAAGCUGAGGACACAUUUUGGUCUAGAGCAUCUAAAAAAGGCAAAUGUCAAAAAAGACUAAAAAAUACAGGAGUUUCUGAAGUCAGCACUGAUGGACUGUGAAAUAGAAUUCAGGAGACACAGAUCCAGCUGAGAACUUGAGGGAAACUCUUACAGCUCAAGUUAGCUGCUCUAGAUUUUAACCUCAGCAGCAUUUUAAAGAGUGCAUCCAAAGAUUCAUAGUUCUUAAUGGCAAUAAGUGCGUGCUUAGAGACCCCAGGAUGAGGACUUUACCCUCCACUUGUGUUUCUUCCACAGAUGAGGAAGGUCCAGAAGGUCUGACCCAGUUUCUGCUUCUGGAGGUGCGUAAACUGAGAGAGCAGCUCCGAAACAGCCGCCUGUGUGAGCGCCGCCUGUCUCAACGGUGCCGGAUGGCGGAGGACGAACGCAGCCGGGCUGAACGUAAAGCUCAGGAUCUACGGCAGGACAGACUGCAGCUUGAGAGGUGCGUCUCUUUUAUUAUCUGUGUCAGCUUGAUUUGUUUCUGUAAGUGUUAGUCAUACUGAUGGUAGAUUGUGGGAUAGGCUCUAUUUCAGAUACUGAUAAGUAGAAGUUGAUCACUGACAGCUGAGUCAGGUCAUUUUUCCUGAUCAUUCCAGAAGAAUAGAAAGAGGAAAACAAGCACUGUAGAACCUGCUCUUUACAUGCUAAUGUUAGUAAGCAGAUAGACUUAACACAGACUGAAGUGAAACAAAGUUCAACGCUUCUUUGGCUUCUUUCCCCUCUGACUAACUAGAGAGGAGUAACCCAAUGAUUUAUAAUGAAAAUAUUUCCUCAUGAGACUUUACUUGUGAGGAUUUCAGCUGCAACAAAUUUGUGAUUUAGUAACAUAAUAGUAAGAAGUUCAUUUUCCCCUUGUUUUGCAAAAUACCUAAGCAGUGAGAAAAUGUGAGGGGGUGUUUGAAUGUGAUGAUUUGUGAUCUAAAGGGUGCGUCAGGACUGGGAAUCAGCCAGCCGAGAGCUUGGGAAGCUGAAGGACAGGCAUCUGGAGCAGGCGGUGAAGUACUCCAGGGCCCUGGAGGAACAGGGAAAGGCUUCCAGCCGAGAGAGGGAGCUACUAACUCAGGUAGGAAAAUCAAAGGUGAAACAGAAACUUUUAGUUGUUCAUGCAAGUUCCAUUAAAGGCACAGUGUGCAGCAUUUAGGAGCAUAUAGUUAAACAGACUUUGUAAAAAUGUUAUAUUAUUUUCACAAUUGUGUAUAAAUAUUAUAAUUCCUUUUUGAAAACUUUGAAUGAGUCUUUUAGAUAUUUAUAGAGGAUUGGGUCCACUUCUAAGGGGGCUGCCAUCUUGCACCACCAUGUUUCAACUAGAGAUAGAGUGAUUUAUCAGCUGAGUGAUUAAGAAGGCAGAUUAACGACAUUCUGAUUUAAUCUGUGUCAUGUUAACAUAGGUUCUCACACAGCCGAUACUAUCAUAAUCUUUUCAAAUGACAACAUAAAAAAAAUACUGUGUAGCUUUAAACAUAAAUUCUGUUAAAUCAUUAUAAUAUUGAAAAAACCUGAUACCUGUUACCUAUCCACUUCGUGCCUUGUGGCACAUAAAGCCUUUAUUGAAAAAACAGCAAUGUGAUAUUGGCAUUGUAGCUAACCCACUCUUACAUUAUCAGCAUUGGCUUUUGGAAAACUGAUGUUAAGUACAUAACACAGGAAUUAGAAACAAACAAGUUUUUGUCCACGCUAAAUGCACUGUUUAUAAGAUUAAAUUAAAAAGAAUAAUUGUUAUGUGCAGAAAAAUUUAAAGUUGAUAAAGUCUUAUAAUAGUAAAACUUGACAAAUGGAGGAUCAUACUUACCAUCCACCACCCCACUGAGCAAUAGACGGUUAUUUUUUUUCUAGACCUAAUUUCAACCGUCUAAUUUCUGUAUAUUUUUAUACGGAAUUUAGACGUUGCACAAGCAACUGUGAGUUGCAUAACUGAUCUCCAAGUACUUAACCAAAAUAAUCAUGAUAGUUAUUGAGCAAUAUACAGUGUAGUAUAGAUAUAGCCCAGAUUUAGACUUGGUCUAAAUUUAGACGUCUGAAAAACGUUGUUUUUAGACCUGCAGUAGCCUGAUUUUAGACCAGUCGUCUAGGCUACAUUUAGGCGUCUACUUGACCUCUUUUAGACCAAAAAAUGCUCAGUGGGACAGGAGCUUCUUGUCCCACUGUCAGAAGGGCAGGGAGUGUUUCAGUCUUGUAUUUGCACACUGCACAUUUAAUUCUUAAAAAUGUACCUCUGAGCAGUAAAGUGGGAGCGUAUUUCCAUCACAGACAGGUUUUGAAAUGAUGAACACAGAUGAAUUUCAUCGGUGUUUUGAAAUUCAUCAACUGAUAACGAAAUUUUAUAACUCAAAACCAAUCUUCCACUCACUGAAACACCUGGCGGCCAGACGCUUUUCACUGAUAAGCCUGAAGUUGAAGGAUGAGUCAUUUCCUCUUGACUCCUGCAUUCCUCAGCUGAUCCUCCUGCUCCUCAAACAGCUGUAAGCUUGCUUCAGACACGCUGAUUUUCUUAAUAACAGGGAUCUUAUUGCCACAGGUGGCACAACUUUUCUUCAAAGCUCAAUGAUUUGACGCUUCAUGAGGGCGACACAUUCUUACCCAGCCUUAAAGUCUACAGCAAAGAGAAGUGUGUGUGAAGUUUGUGUGUCUUUUAAAGGGAAUACAAAUCAGACAUUUGGUCUGUUUGUCUGAAAAUGCUGCAAAUGAAUCCACCCUGAGCAAUUCAGGUGAAGUGGCAUCAGCUGGCAUGCAGCUGCAGCACCAUUUGAAACAGAUGUGAUCUAUGCCAACCAGGGCGAUGUUAUCAGCUCAGCUUUUGUUUUGUCUUGGUGCUGCCAAAACAUGUCUGUGGAUAGGUAUGCACUGCUUGAGUUUGAAGGCUCUGUUUUUACAGUUCAUUUCGCUGCAGCGUGCCUGAUAAUAGGAAUGCUGUAUUGGUUAUGUAGUAGAUAUUAUGAAUAUGUGUGAUGUUGAACCCCCAUUGACUGCUGGAAUAAAACUUAGGAAAUUAGGAGUGCUUUUCUGUAAUAUUUCAUAUGUAGUUAUCCCACACUACAAGUUGGUGGAGUUUGUACAAAAGCUGUAGGGUUCAUUUUUCAGAUCUUAUUAUCAGUGUUUUUCAAAAAUGUCGCAGGCAUUUACUCGGUUGCUGCUUUGCUUGUAUACACACAGGUCGAGGAACUCAGGUCCAGGUUAAAAGAUGCAGACACACUUGAUUCUCCAGGAAACACCCCGCCAGCUAAAAGAAACAGCCUGAUCUCCACCAGAGUCAUCGUUUCUCCACCUGCUUUACCAGAUAAACCAUCACAUCGGCCCGGGCUUCAACAAGCUGACAAGAAAGGAACUCAGAUGAGGGACUCUGUGAGUUUAUCAUCAACAGCACUUUUAUAAACUCCUAUAAAAUAUCAGAAAAAUGUGAUUUUUUUGCCUUCUUCAUUGUUUCCUUGUACAGUCUGUUAAAGUAUGGUGUUUUUGUCUUUUCUGUUGUUAACUUAAGGCUCUGAUGGACAUCUUGCAACAGGACCGCAGAGAGUCUGCAGAGCAAAGGCAUGAGCUCUGUGAUAUCAUUACCAGACUACAGGGGGAGCUACAGACCACAGAGGAACACAGAAACAAGGUAGAAAGCUGUGCAAAUAGAAGUGUACCAUUAUCAAUAAAAAGGUGCUACAAAUUGGUGCAAUAAAAAGCACCAACAUGAAUUUCAGUCUGUUUCAUAAAUGUCAAAAAAACCCACAAAGGAGCUUUAAUAAGGCCCAAAGAGUUUAUAUAAAUACAAUUAAAGCAUUUGUAUCACAGGAUUGUUUUGAUUUGUUUCAUUGACCAGCUGUCAAAAAAGCCAGAGUUUCAUUACAUGUAUUUCUGUCGAUCAUUUUUAAUUUGUAGUUGGAGUCUCAGUGCAAACAGCUCCAGCUGAAGGUGAGGACUCUGCAGCUGGACUGGGAGACCGAACAGAAGAGGAGUUUGUCUUAUUUCAACCAGAUCAUGGAGCUAGAAAAGGAGAGAGACCAGGUCAGUGUGACCACAAUCUCUGCCGCCCAACCAUUAAACUCCGUUUUUUAGCUUUAAAGACAUGCUGACUCGUCCUCUUUAACUAGGCUCUGCGCAGUCGAGACAGCCUGCAGCUGGAGUACACUGACUGUCUGCUGGAUAAAAACCGUCUGCGCAAACGUAUUGCGGAGCUGCAAUCGAACCUGGAGCAGCAGCAGAGGGAGCUUGAGAAAGAGAGGGAGAGGAGCCGGGAGCAGCUGGAGCAGAGUAUGUCGUCUCUGCACUGUGUGAGUAAACACAUUACGACACAGUAAAAGAAGAGUCUGCUAACUAGAGCCAAAAACACACUUUGACUGAACGCAAUAUCUGCCUUCCAGUCUCACCUGUCCCUCUGCAGUGAGGACCAGUGCUAUGGCCCCUGCUGUUCCCUCGGCCUUGACCUGAGACCCCAAAGCAACAGCACCCGCCCUCUGCUGCGAAAGGUCAUUCCCAAACUUUAAUUUACUCACAUUCACAGCAGAAAUAAUAUCCCUGAUCGUGAUUUGAACCUGCUUACUAUUGGAGUGUUGCACUACUGUCAAUCAUAGCACUUAAAGCUGCAAAUAACUUCCCCCUGUGUGGACUAAACGGACACAAUUGUUCAUAAAACAUGUUUUUUCACGUUGUUGUGAGAUAUGUGAGGAAUGCUGCAGAAUAAACUUCUUCAAUUAGGCUGGAAUCUUAUUAUUGUCUAGUGAAUAAGAGUGGAGUAGAGUCUUAUGCAACUUUGCAUGUUCGUGCCUGCAAAAUACCACAUAUUGAAUAUUUACUCUGCUUUUCUGUGUGACAGACGCCCUCUAGAGGCCAGGCCAAUGAAAACUCAGAGGGUAAGUUGUGUGGAAAAACACAGGGAAAACAUCUAUCUGCAAGGUGCUAAAAUUGAAAAACAUGUAAUAUUCUGUCUUGGUUUUCAGACUCUCGUUCCAACUCAGAGGAGAAUCUCCUUUUGUCAGUGAGUAUCAGAGCUCUGCACACCCACUGAUAAUGGAGGACAGAUGCAUUAUCAGUUUGUUUGUUUUCUGACCUUCAGACAGAGCAUAAUGAGAAGGAAAUAAACCGUCUCUCCACGUUCCCCUUCCCUCCCUGCAUGAACUCUAUCAACCGAAGAUUCCACAUAGAGUGAGUCUGUCCGCGCAAACACACAUUUUCGGUCUCCUGUUUCUCAUUCACUCACUUUUUCCAUGAUAUUAACAUCCUUUUUUUCUGAUCUGCAAAGGUUUGAUUCGGAGUCCUGGGGCAGUGAUGAGAAUGACAACAUCACAGGUAUGCCUGUUUCCUAAGGAGCCGCUGAAGUCUCUUGAAGAUCAUCGGUUUUAUUUUGUGUGCACAUAAUAAGCCAUUUGUGAAGCAGUUGUGUACUUAUUUUGUGUGAUAAACAUGGAAUAAAUAUUUGAUAAAUUGAAGAAAAUGCUUGAAAAGAGAAAUCAGUGACUUUGUAAACUGUAGCUUUGCAGCAACACAUUUAAAACGUUGUUUUUGCCAUUAAUAUCACCUCUAUUCUGACCUUUACACUGUAAUUGUCCUUUUGUUCACAUAAUAAUGACUUUUUAUCUUGACUAAAUGUUGGAUUUUUCCUCUCAUGAAUCUCCGUUUUUAUUCAGACAUAAACUCUAACUUAUCUAUCAUUAGCUCUGAAUUUUCUCCCAGGCUGCUGUAAUGUAAGUUAGCAAAUUUAACGGUUUGUAGAAAGUGGUUGAAUGCUAGCAUUAGCUUUGUCUGACAGAUAUUUACCUCAAAAUAAGACUAGGUAUGCCUUUGUAUUUUUAUUAUUUGACAUCUUUUCAGCUGCAAAUUUUUGAGAAGGUGUGAACUCAUAAUACUGGCAGAUUCCCUUGCUGCAAAACUUUAGCUUUUAGCCUUAAGUUUGAAGUCAUUCUCAUGAUUUGGCAUCAAAGUAAAAUGAAACAAACAUACAAACUUGUGUUGCUCUGCACUUUAAGUUGGAAUGUUAAAGCUCUCUGGUGCUUUCAGGCGAGCAGAGUGAACCAUCUUUGUGGGAUUCCUGUGCCUCCCUUCACUCUCACCUUUUCCCCCCUGACCUGGUUAAUCUGCCCGCUGUCUCCUCGCAACAACCAUAUCCUAAUGUUCCCAGGUACACCUGUUAUGUGUUGACAUCUGUCUGUAAAGUACAGUGAAAGCACCUCUGCACAUGAUGCACUUUUUCUUAAAAGUCAGAGUUGAAUUCUUAUGAUAUGUCACAAACUUUGCUGAUUGAGUUUUCUGGGGCCUUAACGUGCAAAUAAAAUGGAUUUUUGUUGGUACAAUUCAAUGAGAAAAGGUCUCUAAAAUGCCUUGAAUAAUACUCAUUGCCUCCAGCACUUUUUAAAAGAUUUGAUUUUGCUGGUACAAAAGUUCACAAUCCAUGCAACAUGUUGAUAGGGACAAUUUAAUUGUAUUUCUAAGAGCAAAAAAAAGGAAAAAACAAGCAGAAAAGUCUGUUGUUGAUCAUUUCAUUUGUCUAGAACUUGCUCAGUGUGCUUGUCACAUUAAUGUCAUCUUUCAGGAUACCCCCAAACUCCCCAUCUUCAAGUCCCCCUGUUUCACCAAAGCAGGGGAGGGCCAGCUUAGCAGAGGACAUUACUGUGGUUGGAGGAAACCAGACCGGGAUCUUUGUCAGCCAUGUGAGAGCUGGUUCCCCUGCUGAACAAUGUGGGCUGAAGGAGGGCAGUGAGCUUCUGGAGGUGUGUGCGUCUCUCAUGGAAAUAAAUUAUGUUUGAGGAUGUCAGACCACAAGCCUCAGAGGAAAUAUGUGCUUUGGCUAAAACUGUAUGUUUUGGACUUACGGUCUUAUGGAAACCCUCAGACUUACAGUAUAUGGUUAACAUAGGAACAUUGGUCUGCAACAUAACAUGCUGUUUUCUCUCGAUUGUUGACCAGCUUGAAGGAGUUCUGUUUGGUGGGGGGAGUGUGCUGCUGAACCAGUGCACUGCUGAGGUGGCCCACUUUUCUCUGCAGUGGUGGACCGAGCCUUCAACCCUCAAAUACCAGAGUAAUCCAGAGGGUGAGUGUUUUCAUGAGGCUAAAAUAGAUUUACGAUCCUGAUCCCGAAAAAUUUAGGACACGGCAAAACAUGGUGAUACAAAUAGAAUUUGAUGGUUUUCAAAUCAUGUUCACUUCGUAUUUAAUCAGAAAUAGUGUGAAGACAACAUAUCAAAUAUUAAAACAGGAAAAAAAAUGUUGCUUAUGAAAGAAAUAUGUUCAUUUUAAUUUGAUACCAAAACCUGUUUUGAAACAAGUGGCAUAGACCUGUAGGAUUUUAAUGAUUCGAAAACCAUCAUAAUCUUUUAUCAGUUAAUAUUUUAUAUAGGUCUCAUAUUUUUAAGAUUGGGGUUGCAUAUUAAACAGAAUAAAAUCAAUAUUUUUAGAUGUCCAAAUGACAGACAUGAAUUCUGUUUUUGUUCUUAGGUUACUCAAAGCUGUGCUCCUUCCUCACUUCACCCUCUUUUGUGGGCGCUGACUCUUUCUAUGUGCGAGUCAAUCUCAAACUGGAGCCCCACGGAGAUCCGCCGUCUCUGAGUGUGUCCUGUGAUGACAUUAUGCAUGUCACAGACACAAAGUACAACGGAAAGUACCACUGGCGCUGUGCCCUUGUGGACCCACGCACAGCGAAGCCCCUGCAGACUGGAACCAUGCCCAAUUACAACAGGUAUGGUUAUUAGACCUUCAUUUGACUGCUCUGCUGUUCUAGUGUAUGCUUAAAUUUUGCAGAAUCAUUCUUGUAUGGACCAUUUUAUGCUGCACGGUCAACAUAAGCCCUAUUGGGUUUUAUGUAAUGCAGAAACAAGAGUACAGUGGUUUGUUCUGAUUUCUUCGCAGGGCACAGCAGUUGUUACUCGUAAGGCUCCGAAAAAUGGCCCUGGAGCAAAAGGACAUCAAGAAGAAGGUAGAGAACUUUUACUGACAUAACAUGAAUCAUCAGCAGGCCCAUUUUAAGCACUUUGCUCAAUGAAAUCAAAUUAUACUAAUACCACAGAAGCAUAACAAUCAGAUUUUGUCUUCCCUGUUUUCUAGUUCUUGAAGAAAGGAAAUGGUCGUGUACGAUUAGUCAAAGCAGUGGACCCCGGUUGCCGUGGGAUCAGUUCUACACAGCCAGUUCUUUUCACACUAAACAAACGUAAAUAUCCAGUCAAACUGAUCUUCAGUGUUUUUUUUCUUUGUCAGUAUGUGUAUGCACUUCGUGUUAAUGUGUAGCGGUCCUUUCAGGUCACGAGGAGCACUUGAUCCCUUACAGCGUGGUGCAGCCGGUUCAGGUUCAGAGCAAGCGGCCGGUCAUCUUCUCUCCCUCUCUUCUGUCCCGUGGUCUGAUAGAGAGGCUGCUGCAACCCGCAGAGUCUGGUUUGAACUUCAACACCUGUCCUCCAGGUUUGCUAACAACACAUUUAUUUGCACACGUCAUAAUGUAGUCAAGUUAAUAAAAAUUCUAACUAGGAAAACGAUCAUUGAGAUAGACAAUAAGAAAAAAUGGUAGAUGACAAAAGAAAAGGAAAAAGGGAGUAAGAACCAACCUUGUUAUGAUACAAGCUGAAAGAGACAAUAUAACAAAGCCAGCAAUCUGCAGAAAACCUGAGGAUAUAAGUUCCUAAAGAAGAGCUUUAAAAGGUGUAAGAGGUUUCUUUUACAAUAUAUUUAAAGCUUGGCAGCUUUUUGAAUCAGUUGCAGUCUUUGGAUGUAGCUCUUGUUGAUGCCAGAGUCAAGUGCAUCAUGAUUGACUAGAUGAGAAGAAAUGAAUCCACGGAUGAUUUUCUGAGUCAGCAGGACAAACGAAAGACCUGAUUUGAGGCCAGGACUUAAUAGUUUUGUAAUGCCUGGGUGUCAAAGAAAAGAUUGGAGUCAAUAAUGACCCUUGAGUUGAAGGUCUCUACAAAUAUCAUUAGACUUGGCACCCAGGCUGGAGGACAGACAAUAAAUAGAGACAGAACAGCAGCUAGAGGUGGCAAUAAGAAUUACUUUACAUUCGGUGUCAUUUAGCCGUUGAAGAUUUUCAGAUGUCUGGUUUUUGAUUUUAGUCAGACAGGACAUAAUGUUGGAGCCAUUUGUGGUACCAAAACUGUGCUUAUGCAGGGUUUGCUCUAGGGGAAGCAUGUAAACAGUGAAUAUGAGGGGACCUAAAAGAGACCCAUGGGGGACUCCGACAUUGAAUUAAUGCACCAAAUAACAAUAAACUCAUGAUAGAAGAAGGAUAUUGUUCAUUCUCCUCUUAACUCUGUUUCCCCUGAUUUGCAGAGCCUAUCCAAGCUUCAGAGAGGAGGGACAAGAGAGUUUUCUUGUUGGAUUCCUGUAGUCCAGAGCAGGCUCUGGGUAUCAGGCUGCAGUCAAUACAAGAUGUCAUGAGCCAGGUAAUAGAAGGAACACUGCUUUUCUUUCUUCUUCUCGUGUCUCGUUGGUCGAACAAACAGUCACAACUCUUUUUUACUGUACUAGAAUUUAACCAGUGAUUGUAAAUAUCGCAAUUUACACAUCCUAAAUCUCCUAGGCAAGCCAAAGGGAUGUUUGUCUGUUGAUUAUAAGUCCUAACAAACUUUUCAGUAGUUAAUGUUGUAUUUAUUACAUGUUAUUCUGUCUCAGGACAAGCACUGUCUGCUGGAAUUGGGUCUGCCCAGUGUUGAAGGCUUAUUAAGACAGGGAGUCUACCCCAUUGUCAUCCAUAUCCGUCCCAAGAACAAAAAACACAAGAAAUUAAGGUAAGUGCAUAUUUAUGUUUUCCAAGCUCUGUUGGCUAGUGCAAUAAUAAUGAGUAUAUUUUAAAAAAUCAUGUGCAGACAUAUUUUCUUAUCAUACAGAUAUAUAAUGCAUUAUUUUCCUCUAAACUGUUGUUUAUGACCCUCUAAAUCUUGAAACAGGAAGUUUUUCCCUCGCUGUGGAGAGGACAGCAUAAUGGAGGAGGUGUGCCAGGCCGAGGAGCUGCAGCUGGAGACGCUGCCUCUUCUCUACUUCACCCUGGAGCCCAGCACCUGGAGCUGCACUGAGGAGCUGCUGGCAGCCAUACGCAAUGCCAUCCACGGCCAACAGAGGGCAGUAGCAUGGGUUGAAUUGGAUAGACUUCAGUAG